UUUGAGCUCACGAAGAAGAGGAGGACGCAAACGCACGCGUAUACGUCAAUCUGUAAUCCAUUACAAAUACUUUUUUUAGCAUUCCUACAGACUCAUACGACAGACUAAUAUUAUUAACAUCAUCAAAGAAAGAUUCGCAUGCGAUCUGAUUGAUCUUUCUGGAUGCCCGAGCUUUUGUUAUAACAGUCAGCUGUAAAGGAGACAUUUCACCCAUCACUCAGGAGUUCAGAGAAGACAGUGAAAUGUCUGCAACAAUGACAGAAGAUGCAGCCAAUGGCAAGAGCGCAGUUAACGGAGGAUUUAUGUAUGAAGAGGGAGGGGUAACUAUCCUCAGACCUACAGACCUGUCAGAGAUGUUGGCUGCAGGUACCAAAGAAGUUCACGAGAAGGCCGAAAACACACAGUUUGUGAAGGAUUUCCUGAGGGGACGCAUUAGUACGGAAAUCUUUAAGCUCGGUCACGUGGCUCUAUACUUCACUUAUUCUGCUCUGGAGGAGGAGAUUGAGAGAAACAAAGAUCACCCUCAGUUUGCACCGCUCUACUUCCCCAAUGAGCUCCACCGACGCGACGCUCUGGCUCAAGAUCUGGAGUACUUCUACGGCCACGACUGGCAAAGCCAAACCGUCUGCUCUCCGGCCACUCAGCGCUACGUGGAGCGCAUCCAUCAGCUGGGCCGUGAGGAGCCUGUGCUCCUGGUGGCUCACGCUUACACCCGUUACAUGGGCGAUCUCUCGGGGGGUCAGGUGCUGAGGAAGGUGGCCCAGCGUGCCAUGAAGCUGCCGUCCACCGGAGAAGGGCUGCGCUUCUAUCAGUUUGACGGCAUCCACAACGCCAAGGCCUUUAAACAGCUUUACCGUAGCCGCAUGAACGAACUGGAGCUGGACGUGAAAACCAAAGAGAAGGUUGUGGAGGAAGCCAACCGGGCUUUUCACUGUAACAUGGAGGUGUUUGGAGAACUGGAGGAGGUUGGAAAAACCCUUCAGGAGGACGUUAUGGAUUCAACUCCUCUUCAUGGUGAAACGCAGGGAGACGUCAGCCAGUGUCCGUACCACGCUGCCAAAACAGCUGCUACAGGCGGAUCUGCGUUUAUUUAUCAAAUGGCCAUGAGCGUGCUUAAAAAUCCAUCCGGUCAAGUCCUACUGGCUGCGUGGAUCGCUGCUUUAGCCGGAUUGGCCGCCUGGUACCUCAUGUGACUCAAUAAGAGGAGGAGAAAGUGGUGAAAACAUUCGAUCCGCCCGGUGGUCACACAUUCGCUUUGAAUCUGUCAGGCAAUUCCGCACCUUGAACCCUUGAGAUGAUUUAGUGCACCUCAUUUGCCCUCAUGUGCUCGAGUGGAUGUGAUUUAUAUUUUUCAUAUGAGGCGGGUAGUGUAGUUUAGUGAUUUAAUGUGACAUUUAGUACUUUUGAACCCGUCAGUGUUUAGGAAAUAAUGAAGUUAAGGGUGCAGAUGCAGAAAGAUAUUUUUAUAGAGAGUUUCAUCGCAGUGGACUCAUUUCACGUUUUGGGCCCAAAAAUAGUGAAUGCAUGAGCAAUUAUAGUUUUGAUUUUAGUUUAUUAGUUUUAUUCAUAUUUUAUAUUAACUUUUUUAUAGUUUUUUGUGUUCAUUUUAGUUAAUUUUAGAGUGUGCUUUUUUAAUUUCAUAAUUUAUUAUUUCUGUUUAAUGUUGCUAUAUAAGAUGAAUUCAUUUUAUUUUAUUUUUUGUUUAUUAUUAGAAUUUGACUGCUUUAAACUUACUUCAGUUUAGUUUUGAGGCAACAUUUAAAUAUUUCCUUAAGUAAAGUUUUUCAAUAAUUUUUAGCUCAAUAUAGGCUAAUUUAUAGGAUUGUGCGUGCAUCUUGGUUGCAUAAAAGCCCGGAAGAGAUAGCGACUAGAGAUUUAGACGGAUACGAUAUGCAAAAUAGUAAGACUUGGAAAGAUUAUAGAAAACCUAACCUGAAAUACAAUAAACACAGAUCCGGAUGAUUUCAUCUGUCCAGCCUGUUCGUUUAAUGACUUGUUUAGCUUAAAGUGGCAUAUUCAACGACAGUAUUCCAUAGGAAGUAUUAGCAUAAUUUUUGCCGUUCCCAUUCAACAACACAAAAACACGUUUUUGAAGGAAUUGUCUCCUCCGCUUCUCUCAUUGCUGCUUUGAUUCCACUGUUUUUCUGCAACCAGUAUGCGCUCGCAGCACGCAGUGACGUAACCGUGUUGUCGACUCCAAAUUGGUCUAUUUUAUUUGAUUUCAAUGAACAGGAACAUUUUAGUAAACCAAAAUAACUUCGGCAAGUACACAAGCUCAGUUUUACAAAAUGUGAAAUGUGUCAGAAUGUAAUGCGUAACGCUGUAUGUUAAAGCACUACUGGGGAGGGGGGGUCUUUUUUAAAGAUGCCUUCCUGAAAAAUAACAUUGACAUUUAAUGUGACGGUUCAUCUAAAAAUCAAACUACUAUGUGGUUUAAAACGUUUUUCUGUGGGGCACAAAAUAUAUUUUGAGAGACGUUUCAGUGGGUCCAGUAAGUCAAAAUAUCUUCUUCAGAAGUUCUGUUCUGCAGAAGAAACUCAUAUAUGACAUGAGAAACGAUGACAAAUUGUUGUUUUUUUGGAUACUGAGGUUGUUCGCCGCCACAACGGGGCCAGAUGCUUAUAUGCCAUGACCAAGCAUUUCAUGUGGCUUUACGUUUCUAGGACGGUUUUGAUAAAGUUUGAUUCAUUUAAGCAUGAUUUGAAAUUAAAUGUACUCCACGUUUCUGUAACACCACAUCCACGCCACACUUUUAACUUUUAAUAUUUUGUUUGAUUACCAUUACUAUUACCAUAGCUUUACUACAAAUACCAUGAUUAUUGCGGUGAAAUACAUUUGAGCACAUUUUGUAUUUUCUUUGGUUUUACUACAAUUGAAAACCAAAAAACGAUGCUUAGUUUAGUUGGUCAAUUUUCGUAAGGGAGGACAAAACUGCGAAUGAAGACCUUUAAAGAAUGUAGAAUAUGAAAGAAUGGCCAAUGCAGAAAUCGUAGCCAUUUGUUACAUACGAUUGAUUUCUGAUUUAUGUGGGUUUAUGUAUGAAUUGGCCAUAUGUGUAAUGCAUAAGCUCACUGAUGCAGUGACAAUUUAAAAAAAAGAGCAAAAUGUAUUCAUUUGGGAAGCUGUCAGUGGAGAUUGCUCUCAUGACAUGCUGCAAUAGUCCUGAAAUGUCUGAUAUCGGGUGACGAAUCAGCCUGGCGGUUAUAAACGUGUAUUACUUGUUUUUACAGAGUAUUUGAAUGCUACUUAACAAGGUGCAAGGUCGAAAAGUGUUUCAACCGUAUUUGUCGAAUUUAGAUUUGCUUUCCUCCAAAGGUGAUUUACUUGGUAUUGGACCAUUGAUCUUUUAACAUUAUUAACAGUAAUGGAUGCAAUAAUUCAUUUUGAUUGAACCUAACCCUAUAGCACUGUGAUAUGACACUGAGGAUUUUGAAAAAAUGUAUAUGUUUAUGAACACACGACGGUCACUUUAUUAUACUAAAAAUGUUUUUGAGAGUGUUUUAUGUAAUAUCGAAUCCUGGGCGGGGGGGUUUGUAACCAAAUGGUGACUGUAAUAAAACAGAUCAAAAUGUAUGUAAAGUGUUUUGCAUAAAUGGUUUAUGCAGUUCAGUUCAUAUUUUGUCUUUGGAGUUACUAACAACUUGUUCUUAAGCAAAAGACAGAACAAGGAAACUAGUGUACAGAACAGGGGUUUUCAAACGGGGGUCUGGGGACCCCCAGGGCGCCUCGAGAAGGUUGCAAGGUUUCUAGGAAAAAAGAUUAAGCAAAAAACAAUAAAAGUCAACAGUGUUUAUCUGCUUUUUUAGCUAUGGAUAGUUUCCAGAAUUGUUUAUUUUUAAAUCUUUCUCACUAUGUUUUCUUUUUUUGGACUCGAGGUAAAAUUGUUGCCCACUAUUUAGGUUUAGAAACAAGUUGUUGCCUUUAUAAUAUCAUAUUAACUUUUUAUCGAACAAAGUUUGAACGUUUCUUUACACAGAAAAAAUAUAGAUGAUAUAUAUUUUAGAAAAGGGGGUCCCUCACAAAAGGUAAAUCAUAGUUGGGGGUCCUCGACAUCGUAAAGUUUGAAAACCUGUGUACUAGAAGAAUGCUGCACAAUACACACGGCUUACUGUAAUGAAAUAAAGUAAUGACAUAACAGUAUAAUUUAUGAUUUAUGCACAUCACAGUCACAUGACCUUAUGAAAUGACGUGUGGUGUCCUGUUAUCAUCUCUGAAUAAAAAUAUUUCAUUCGUU